GUGAAUAUUGGUGAAUUAAACAGAAUGGUGUUUUGUGCGUACUGUUUGUAAUGUAUAGGAAUAACAAGAUGAUAUAUAUUGAAAAUGCCGGCGGUGUAGGGUCCCCGGUGAUCACGUGACCACACGGCCGGUCUGUUGACAGAUAACUUGGUAACAUGGUAUCACGGUCAUAAAUGUAUAUAUUUUGAUAAAGAGAGGUUUCAAGUUUUGCUCAGGUAUAUGUAAAUCAAACUGUGUCACCUGAAGAUCUCCUGAAGGACCGGUGUUUACGAUUAUUACACGUGGAUUUAAGACUCUCUUACUUAAGUAAUCGGGGCAUGCAUUGCCAGUCUGAGAACCUGGAGGCUGGUUUUCAUUAAAAAUCCUCCCACGAAAUGGUCAUAUUGCACGGAAGCUUGCACAUAUCCACGAAUUCGGAUUCGAUAAAUUCGUCUUUUUGAGCUCGCUUGAAUUAUGCAGGCUUUGUUGUAGGAAAGAGUUCUAUUCAGAGACCGCGGGAAUGUCAGUUUGACAUUAAUUUAUGAUGUUUGCUAUGUAAGAAGAAUUGUGUAGGUUGUAUUUUACGGAAAAUAAUUAGAUUGAGGAAGGAAAAUUCAGACAGUGUUGUGAGAACAGAGAGGACUGUGGUUCACUAGCAUACAGGUAAUGCACAUCACAGAAAGUAAUUUGUAAAAAAAAAAAAAAAAAAGGAAUUUAGUAAAUUUGUUGUAAAGUCGUAAGAUUUUUUUUUUUAAUUAAGAAAAUGAAAUUCAAAUUGAUUUUCUUAUUUUUAGAAUUCAUGUAAGAAAUCUGAGGAAGAAAAGUUCCAUGUAUAUGACUUAAUUUAUGAUUCUUAAUUUCGUUAAUUACAAGUAACAAUUGCAGAUCAUUAUUUACCUGACCAGGAAUCUGAGAACAUCUAAACGUUCAUUCAGUGCAAAAUUAUUUCAUACACUUUUUUAUUGUAGCAAAUUGUACAAUACUGUUUUAUCCACUUUCUAAAUCAUUAUAGCAGGACAGAUUAACGGACAAAAUGACACAGUCGAAAUCAGAAUUCGAUGUUUGGGACUGGCUGCUCUUCGGGGCAAUGUUGGUCAUCUCGGCAGGCAUCGGGAUUUUCUAUGCCUGCAUUGGCGGGCGACAGAAGACGACCACAGAGUUCCUAAUGGGAGGCCGGAGCAUGCAGCUGAUACCCGUCGCUAUUUCCAUCCUGGUGUCUUUCAUGUCGGCCAUCUUGAUUCUCGGAACUCCCGCGGAGAUGUACACACAAGGAACACAGUAUUUCAUGUAUCUGUUCGGAUUAAUCUUGGCAGUCAUCCUUGCUUCGCAGCUGUUUGUGCCUUUGCUGUACCCUCUUCAGCUGACCAGUUCGUUUGAGUAUCUAGAGCUACGGUUCAACUCCAAGGCGGCGAAACUGACGGGGACGAUCAUGAUGAUCCUACAACAGGUGAUUUACAUGGGCGUGGCUUCCUACGCCCCUUCGACUGCACUGGAGGCCGUCACCGGGUUCCCGACCUGGGCCACGAUCAUCACAGUGGGGGUCGUAUCGACCUUCUACACGUUUCUGGGUGGAAUGAAGGCGGUGGUGUGGACGGAUGUCUUUCAGUCUAUAGUAAUGGUGGCUGGACUGUUGGCAAUUGUCAUUCAGGGAACUAUAUCUGUGGGCGGUAUCGACACAGUGUGGAGAAUUAAUGAUGAGUGGAAGAGAAUAGAGUUUUUUGAUUUUAACCCUGACCCUACCCAGCGACACUCAUUCUGGUCCUUAAUAGUAGGAGGAAUGGUAGGGUGGACAGCGACGUAUGGAGUCAAUCAGGCCAGUGUCCAGCGCUACUGUGCCCUUCCCUCUCUACGAAAAGCCAAAACUGCAGUUCUCCUGAACAUAAUCGGGGUCAUCCUCUUGUUGUGUGUUACAUGUGUAGCCGGUAUCGUGGUGUUCGCUUAUUACGUACAGAAAGGAUGUGACCCCUACACAAACGAUGACGUCAGUAAUUCUAACCAGAUCAUUCCAUUCUUUGUGAUGGAAACGUUGGGAUAUCCGGGAAUCCCGGGUCUGUUUGUGGCCUGUCUGUUCAGCGGUGCUCUCAGCACGAUGUCUUCCUGUUUGAAUGCUCUCUCGGCGGUCACGUGGAAAGAUAUUUUGGAGCCCUUCCUUGGAGAGAAAACAGAGACACAGAAAACAUGGAUCACCAGAAUAUUAGUUGCCCUGUAUGGUGGAGCGGGUAUCGGGAUGGCAUUCAUGGCUAAGAAUUUAGGCGGGACCGUACUUCAGGCUUCCCUUAGCUUCACUGGUGCCGCCUCUGGUCCACUCCUCGGGAUAUUCGCACUUGGAGCUUUCUUUCCGUGGGCUAACUGGAUAGGAGCUGUAGUCGGAAGUGUUUUCGGUUUGGCUCUUCCGUUCUGGAUCAGUAUUGGUGCCUACAGUGUAGUUGGGGCGCCUAAUUCACUUCCGUUUCCGACAGAAAACUGUACAAUGGCCGAUAACUCCACUCUGUUUGUAAAUAUGACGACUACAACAACACCUGUACCUCCAAUAGAGGGCCUUGACGUCCUAUACACGAUAUCCUACUUGUGGUAUCCAUCCAUAGGCAUGGCGACUGUGGUAGUUGUUGGUUUGCUUGUCAGUCUAGUCACAGGUCUGACCCCCAAGGAUGAGGUGGAUAGCAAGUAUUUGAUUCCUCUGUUUGACCGGAUCUUCUGCUGCCUACCGGGACAGUUCAGGCGGUGUUUGCGGUGUUAUAUAGAAUUUGAGGAUCCAGAGGACAUUAAACCAGAACAGGAUGUGGAGUUUUCAGUAGAUGUCGACAAACCCGUCAUAGUUCCGAUAAAAUCCGAUAAGUUUCGAGAGAAUAAGUAUCUCUCAGAACCAAUCGGGGGGAUUUCUUUUAAGUCUUUGUACACACCUGAGAACGGGCAUAGUAACUCUGGAUUUGAGAGCAACGAGGCGCCACCUUGUUAUUCAGAUAUACAGAGUGAUGAAACACAGAUUGCAAAGUCAGAAUUAUAAGAUAGCAGAUGUCCCCUUUUAAUUUUUCGUCUGUGAUAAAUGAUGAUCCUUGGAAAUACCACAGACCUCGGCAACGAUAAUAGUUAGAUGUCUCGUAAUCAUAGAUGUACACUUAUGAUUAAGUCCCCCAAUCAGGGAUAAGUUGAUGGCAAUGAUCUCCACUCUUUUUCUUGAAUCAAUUGUGACAUGAUACAUCACAAUCUUGGUUAUUCAAAAUUCUCUUGGUCCCUUUUCACGUCAAUAGAAAGACCUGAUAGCAUUAUCAAAUGCUCUCAACGUAUAUUUUUGUAACGUUUUGAUAUAAACAUUAUACCAUUGUGAUAUUUUGUAAUGGUCAAGUUGAUUGAAUGUAUGUAAGAAACAUCUGACAGCAAUAAAUUCUUGCAGGUAGUUGAAUGGCAACUGCUUGAGAUGAUGUUUGUAGUAACCAGUAAAGAUUGGAUUUAGAAA